CUUCCAGUCGGUUGGCAGUUUAUUUUUGGCAUCGAGAGCAACCUGGGCGAUUUCACGAUCGUUUCUCGGGAUUUGUGAGUGGACUGGGUAAUAGUUCCUGAAGUCAGUGCACCGAUGAGCUUGGAUACGCUGGAGUCCAGCUCAGCCAGUCCGUAUGCUCACGGGAAACAAUGGCGUCGUCGAGAGACGACGAAACUCCCGGAAUCAUCCGAUCACCUGCACUCCCGGCCGGUAACCAUAGUCAACUAUAAUCGACAGGAGUCGUUUGAUUUGUUCACUUCACCCGGAAGCCCUUAUCACAUCCGGAAACCCGUCGCAGUCGAACGGAAUGAGCGUAGUCGAUUAUGGGUAGAACAACAGUUUUUGCAGCAAAAACUAAAACCACAUGGCGACAUAGAAUGGAAGAGUAGUCAGGAGUCUGAUAUAAAUCUGAACGAUGUGCAUCUUGAUGAACAUCUUCAGCAUCAUCCCCAUCAUCACCAACAUCAUCAUCAUCAUCAUCAUGACCCACAUAGUCAGCAACAACAACACCGGCAUCGUCGGCAUCACAAGCACGAUCCUCUUCAUCACGGACAAAAUCCCAGCACCACAUUCCCCGGGAGUGUCGACGAAGCCGUUGGACCCCAUCCACAUGAGGAACAGUUGCAAUUCCCUAUAAUCCUGCAAAGUGCUCGAAAUAUGCAACACAUUCGACAACGGCUGCGACGGGACCCCGAACAUCAGGGAACGCGUGCCAUUCGAUCGACGCGGGUUAUCAACAAGGCCGGCGAACGGAAUGUGCUGUUUUUACAUCUGCCCCAGAAGUCGGUUCGGUUCGUGAAAGAUCUCGUCACGACGCUGGUGGAGGAACAAUGGCGCUACACGCUUACCGUAUUUGUGCUCAGUUUCGUCUGCAGUUGGAUACUGUUCGCCAUUCUGUGGUAUCUGGUAGCAUAUGCUCACGGGGACCUGAACUUCGAUCCGGAAACCGGUGAUCGCCUCGGUGAAGGAACACUGCCGUGCGUGGAAGGUGCCACCACGUUUGUCGCGUUUCUACUUUUCAGUAUCGAAACUCAGGUAUCCACGGGAUACGGUGCCAAAACUCCCACGGAGGAAUGUCCCGAAGCUUUAUUCCUGUUGGCAGUACAGAUCAUUGUCGGUUUAGUGAUAGAUGCUGCCAUGAUUGGAAUCGUUUACGCCAAGAUGGUCCGACCACCGAAGAAGAUCUCUGACAUGAAGUUUAGUAAAAGAGCUGUGAUUUGCCAGCGUGACGGAAAGCUAUGCUUUGUAUUUCGUUUGUGUGAUCUGAAACAUCAACAUGCGAUUGAAACUAAAAUAUCUACCGUAAUGCUGGAACAACGGCGUUCCCUAGAGGGAGAACUCAUCGAGAAACACGAAUCGACCAUGAAGCUGGAAAAUAACGGACGCAUUCUACUGAUGUGGCCAGUCACAGUUUGUCACGUAAUUGACAGUGAGAGUCCACUGUUUGACAUCUCAGCCAAGGAUUUACUGCAGAAGCGGUUUGAAAUUGUGGUUACCCUAAGUGGUGGAACGAUGACCACCGGACAGGUCAACGAAGCGAGGACAUCUUAUCUACCGGGAGAAAUUUACUGGGGCCACAGAUUCAUAAACAUUAUUCAUUACGAUAGGACUCACGACCAUUAUGUUGCCCGCAACGAACUGAUGGAUUCGAUUGAACCUGUGGACACUCCGCUUUGCAGUGCCAGACGUCUGGAAGAGGUUCUAGAUGAAGUUCAUCAAUUUAUGGAUAACGACCGACAUCGAGAGUUCGAUGGACUGGAAUGUCGAUCAAUAAAUGAAGAAGAUGGACAGGAGGAUAGUGAUUCCGAUGGAGGCAUUCAAAUAGAACAAUUGAAGGCUACAUCUUUGCUGUUGAAUAAAGACGCCCAAAACUCGAAUCAGCCCGAUGACAAUGUGGCUUCACGGUUAGUCCCAGACAAACCAGAUUCUCUUACAUCGGAUCUCGGGGAGCCCAAAAAAUCUAGUGAAUUAUAAUUUCUUCUAGUUAUCUUGUAUUGUGUGACAAGCCAGAGGACAAAAAAAGUUUACCACUAUUUGAAUACAUUGUCUAGUCCUGGAGAUUAGAACUCCACACAUUGAAACAAUGCUUUUAUUUGCGUCAUUCUCAAAUUCUCGAUUUGGAAAAGUCUACGAUGGAGGACGGGCUAUGAUCUAAAAAGUACAAAUUUCCGGUCUACGUAGUUUUAUCAUGUCAAUUUCCAUUGGAAAACAUUCUCACAUAUCCAGUUCGGGAUAAACUUCGUGAAAAUGUGCGUUCUUUUUCUUGUAAUUCAUUUAUAUUUUGUUAUAGUGCAGGGAAAAAAUUACGGAUAGUAAACAAAGAUAUGUAUUAUUCAUCUAACCCAUUUUUAUUGUAACAUUGGCAUCGAUCCAAUACUCCAGCAUUUAUGUUAUCCACCAACUCACCAGUUAUAUUUGUUAAAUAAGUAAUUUCACGCAUAUUUUUAAUGAACGUGAAAAUAGCU